AUGAUGUCAUGCGGUAUUCAAGCACCACAUCCGGCGGCGAAACAAAUCAGUUGUUUCGCAGUUUUCUUACAUAGGUCACGCGAAGCCUUCUUAAGGAUAUUCCUAAAAAAAAAAAUGUUACGCGCGAAUUUAAUUCUCAUUUUAAUGAUCGUGCGACACAACUCAUUGGCGUACAAUAUCAAUACACUCAAUGCCAAGGUGUACGAUGAUCCUACGCGUGUAUCGGGCGAGCGUCGCAGUUACUUUGGAUUUUCGGUGGCCCUUUAUACGAGUGCGGAGGGACCUUUACUGCUCGUGGGAGCCCCGCGAGCGAAUUCCAGCGAAUUGCCGUUCGUGACCGAACCGGGAACGGUCUUCAAGUGUGCGAUGAACGGCAUAUGCGGAGAGUGGGUGAUCGACAAGACCGGGAACGGUCCUCAUCCUCGUGAGACACUAGUCAAUCAGAUCAAGGAUAACGCUUGGAUCGGCGCGACCAUCGCCGUAGAAAACAAGACCGAGCCCAGAGUUGUGGUUUGCGGACCGCGAUGGAUAAACAAUAUCGUGAACGGCAAUAAGCCCAAUUGGUUCAUGAAUGGUAUUUGCUACGCGACACGAGCCAUCAACUCUACCGCAUUCGAGAGAGAGGCGGAGGAGCGAUUAUUACCGCUUUCGAACCCCGAAAGUCAGAUCACGUCCAAGAACGACAUAGGCAUCUAUAAUUACGGGAUGGGCCAGGUCGGCUUCUCCCUGCACGUGAACUCCCCGAGAUACGACGUGAGCGUCGUGCUGGGCGCUCCGGGCGUAUACAAUUGGAAGGGCCAUGCGUUAUUAAUUACCGCCGCGAUAGACGAGCCAUUCUCGCGUAAGAUAAUUCCCUCGUUCGCCAGGGAGCAACAGGUUCACAGUUAUAAUUAUUUCGGAUAUGCUGUAACAGCGGGUACUUACUUCAACGAGCGAGAUGUUUGGUAUGCCAGCAGCGCGCCGAGAGGCGCCAUAUACGGGAAGGUUCUCGUAUUCGCCUUUCCCCCUAAAACUAAUCAGCGCAUAUCUAUUAAAAUGAUAGUAUACGGUCAGCAAUACGGCGAGUUCUUUGGCGCCGCGUUAACAUCAUGCGACGUCAACAACGAUCGUAGACACGAAUUGAUCGUCGGCGCGCCGCUAUGGUCCAGGGACAUGGACGAGGGUCUUGUCUACAUCUUUACGGGGCGACACAAUAACAAUUUCGAAGAGCUGCAGACGAUCGAGGGCAAGGUCGUUGGUGGCAGAUUCGGAACCACCGUGGCGUGUCUAGGCGACGUCGACUACGACGGCUACGGCGACAUCGCCGUGGGUGCACCCUACGAGGACGAGAGCGGUGGUGCGGUGUACAUAUUCAACGGUAACAGGGACGGCGUCUCCCGCGAGCACAGCCAGAGAUUGAUCGGCGCGCGAUUCUCGCCGAUGAUGCGAGGAUUCGGGAUCUCCAUCUCGGAACCCCGUGACAUCGACCGGGACGGCUAUCCCGACUUCGCCGUGGGCGCUUAUCUGUCCGACGAGGUGGUCCUGUUGAGAUCCGCGCCGGUUGUCACAGUGAACGUGACACUCACGUAUCCGCCGAUCAAAUUGCUGCGAAACGCAACGUCCUUCGUCGUCGACAUCUGGAUGUCCUACGAGGGCGCAUACGUACCUGAGUAUCUGCGGGCCACCGUGAUCCUGAAGGUCGAUCAAUUGCACGGUAGAGCUACGUAUCGCGAGCAGAGAAGCAACGAUGGAUCACAGACUUACAAACUGCGUUAUACGUUACUUAAAACUACGGUCACGCGAAGUUCACUUGAGAUAUAUCUUACGAAGAAUAUUCGAAACGUCAUAGAUCCGCUCGAGAUAUCGGCGUCUGUGCAGUUGGAGGACGAUCUCGACGCGAGAAACGGAAGCUCAUCGACUUGCGUAUCCUGUGUCGCGAUAAACAAGCCUCGCUCGAAGAUCGAGGAUCUUGUGAAGCUCCCGUUCGCCCUGGACUGCGGCGAGGACAACGUAUGCGUGUCCGAUCUUCGGCUCGCAUUGUCGACCGGGAAUGACAGAUACAUCAUUGGCUCCACGUCGACGAUCACUCUGCGCGUCGACGCUUACAAUCGGGGCGAGCCGGCGUAUCAGACCAGAGUGCGCGUCUUCACCGAGGCUCUACCGUUAGCGAGCAUCCCGCCCGAGUGUACGGAAAAUCCUCGCGACGUCCUGGAAGUGAUCUGCGACAUCGGCAAUCCUCUGAGAACGAAUAAAACAUUGACAUUGCAACUAGACACGAGUAUGAUGAGGUACGACGUUAGACAAGUGGAAUUGCGAACGAACAUCAGCACUCAGAGUGACGAGGCGAAUUGGAAUGAUAAUAGUUAUGUGAUCACUGUAUAUUUUGAUGUGGACAUUGAUAUAGCAAUCGCCGGAAAAGCACAGGAAAACUUGUAUUCGUAUUUACGUGAUGAAGAAAACGAGGAGAAACCUCUAAAUAGCGUCAGAUUCCAGCAUUUCUACGAGGUUCAGAAAUUUGGCGCCAGUCCUAUCGAGGAGGCUGUGUUGACUGUAAAAAUUCCGACACAUUUUCGACGGUCGCGUGAUACUGGAGACAUAGCAAUCGUCAGUAUCAACGAAACCAUUGGCAGAAUGGAUGCGUAUCAAUUUUAUUGCAGCGACUCGAAUGAAACCGAUUCUGAGCUCUCUGUCGAGUCUGAAAGAAUAAUCAUCGCAUCUACGGAUAACGCGAUUUUAAAAAGCGCUAAAAAUGAUACGCACGCGAGAUUCAGUAUCGAGGAGAACACGCCGAUGUACGUGCCAUCCGAGAACAGAACGCUAUAUGUCAAUUGCACAAAUAGCGCGAUCAAAUGCGCGCGAAUUGAUUGCAGACUGGGACCGUUUCUGAGUUCCUUAUCCGUUGCCAAGUUUUUGGUAACGCUGGAUCUACAAUUGUCGAAUUUUCCCGGUAAAUAUAAUCAUGUGGCUGAGAGAUUAAAAAAAGGAAAGUUCACAUUCUUUGAAUAUUAUCUGAUUGUAGCUGACCUGAUGAAGGGCAAGGAUAUUAUAUUUUACGUGACUGAAGGUAGCGUUACGAUAACGCAACCUGAUAACAUCUUCCAAAAAGAGGGUCAUAAACCGGAUACUGUUUUGAUUGCCACGACAUUCUUGGGCUCGCCGGUUGCUCAGCAAAUAGCCGUGUGGAUAAUAGCGCUUUCAAUAAUUUUAGGAAUUGUAUUGCUGAUAUUAUUAAUUCUGGGUUUAAUAAAGAUCGGCUUCUUUAAUAGAAAGCAGAAGAUGGAACUCGAAGCUCUGAAAGCUGAGACUGACAAAAAAUAUAACGUGGUACUGGAAACAAUAUCUUCGACGGAAGUUCUUGAUCAUCACUGAACACAUAUGAUUAAUAUAUUUCCAAGAUUUAAUAUAUUAAUAUCUAAUUAGUUCGUGAUGUAUUUAUUUUUUUAUAUAAGUAAUAAAUAACAAAAUUAUCAAUUAUUUAUUUGUAAUUCAAAUAUUUUAUAAG